UUUUGGGACCCCGCCUCUUACAGGCGGGAUUACCUGGCGGUCGCCGGCAUUUGGCGUCAUUCCGAAAACAUGGCGCAAGCCAAUCAGCGGUAACCUUGGUCUUCGGGGCGGCUGUUUGUUGGUUGAUAUGCCAGAGCCUGUUCUGCUGUCUGUAUUGGCUAUUGCCGCUGUCAGUCAGGGCCGUGGGUCGAACCUUCCCCUACUCUUUGUCUGUACAAGCUCAUGUUGUCUGGGAGAGCGGCGAAGGCGCUGCUGUGGAUUGGUCACAGGGAGAAACCUCUUAUCUGUUCCUAUUGGCCUGUCCGUCAAGGGACGAUGCUGAUUGGUAGGGCAGAGCAAUCUGAGUCCUAGUUGGUGGAGUUCUCCCCGGAUGGAAGCUCAGGCCGCGUAGUGAUGGUGGCGGCAGCGAAGAUGGGCCGGGCAGGGACCAUGGCGGUGGCAGCAGAGGUGGCAGGGGCGGGGCGGCUGGCGGUAGAGGAGGCUGUGGUCCUCAGGGGGCUGUAGGUGGAGGCAUGGCUCGGGCCAGCAGCGGGAACGGCAGCGAGGAGGCCUGGGGGGCACUUCGGGCAUCGCAACAGCAGAUGCAGCUGACUUUUCCUGUAGCCUCAUAGACCCCAUCCCAUGGCUGCAGUGGAAGCUUGCGGUGGCUCGCCAGUGACCAGAGGCAUAGUGAGGCAGGCCCCAGGGAGGCUCCCUCUGUCUUGCAACAGUUAUUUGUGAUCUUUUUCUAUGUGCCUGUUGUCACAACAGAGUCCGGCAGCGUCUUCUCUUGAGGGAGCAAUUUGGAGAAGAGCUGGAACCCAGACUCGCGCCCUGGAUGCCAUCCUUUAUCAUCCACAGCUUCCCAUCUGGUUGGGAGCACUGCUCUGGCCCUUCAGAUAUUUCAACACUCCUCUCAGCAUCCUCCACUUCCCCCAUCUCUCCAAGCUGAACUUGGUUCACAGGCUUCGAGAGCUGUGCCCAGGAGUGAACAACCAGCCCUACCUCUGUGAGAGUGGUCACUGCUGUGGGGAGACUGGCUGCUGCACCUACUACUAUGAGCUCUGGUGGUUCUGGCUGCUCUGGACUGUCCUCAUCCUCUUUAGCUGCUGUUGCGCCUUCCGCCACCGACGAGCUAAACUCCGGCUGCAACAACAGCAGCGGCAGCGUGAAAUCAACUUGUUGGCCUACCAUGGGGCAUGCCAUGGGGCUGGUCCUUUCCCUACCGGUUCACUGCUUGACCUUCGCCUCCUCAGCACCUUCAAGCCCCCAGCCUACGAGGAUGUGGUUCACCGCCCAGGCACACCACCCCCCGCUUAUACUGUGGCCCCAGGCCUCCCCUUGACUGCUUCCAGCGAACAAACCUGGUGUUCCUCCUCAUCCAGCUGCCCUGCCCACUUCGAAGGAACAAAUGUGGAAGGUGUUUCCUCCCACCAGAGUGCCCCCCCCCAUCAGGAGGGUGAGCCGGGGGCAGGGGUGAGCCCUGCCCCCACACCCCCCUCCUGUCGCUAUCGCCGUUUAACUGGUGACUCCGGUAUUGAGCUCUGCCCUUGUCCUGCCUCCGGUGAGGGUGAGCCAGUCAAGGAGGUGAGGGCUAGUGCCACCCUGCCAGAUCUGGAGGACUAUUCCCCUUGUGCACUGCCCCCAGAUUCUGUACCGCAGGUCUCUCCCAUGGGGCUGUCCUCCAGUGAAGGGGACAUCCCGUAAGUAAGUUUUGAGAGGGUGGGUGGGUUACUUGCCCACCAGAAACAGCCCUAGUCCCACCUCCUUGCGUUCCCUUUGGCCCCUUCCUGCCUACCUAGAUCUGCCCGAAAGGGCUGGAGCCCCGAGGAGAGGGGCAGUAUUUGGGGGAUUGUGCUAGCUUUACCCCCGCAAGGCAUCAAGACAUAUACACAGGAGCCUUUGAUCUCAUUAAAGAGAUUUGAACCAGCCA